UUGCAAAUCACUGCGGAACUUGUCGCGUGUCCGAGAGGCGGAAAGUCGUUUGGCGCUGCGCCUCCCUCAGCAGGCCGACGAUUCGUCGCCGCUGCAUCGAAUCGCAGGCACGUGACGCUUGACCUGGUCGAGACUCGCUCUCCGGAAGGGAAGAGGAAGCAGGCGAAGUGUUUCGUUAUGGCGCAGCCCGGGGGAUUCGGCGGGGAGGCAACGGCAGUUUGUCCCGGCGGCAGAGCGGAUCGCGAAACCGGCGGCGGUGCAACAAGUAAAGAAAGUGUCGUGAACUUGGCCGUCAUGUCUUCGAGGCAGGUUGCACCUUCAUCCGUGCGAUCGGACGAGUGCGGCGUGAACAUGGUCGUCCAUGAAGACGGUGAACAAGAGCCAAUGGGAUUUAUAGAAAUUGUUGCCACAGUAGGGUCAGUCCUGCUCCUAAUUCUCACAUUGCCAUUCUCGUUGUUCAUCAGUUAUAAGGUGGUGCAAGAGUAUGAAAGAGCUGUAAUAUUUCGUCUGGGCCGCUUGCGACGAGGUGGUGCAAGAGGUCCUGGAAUCUUCUUUAUUCUCCCGUGCAUUGACACCUAUUGUAAAGUGGACCUUCGUACAGUCUCCUUUGAUGUUCCCCCACAAGAGGUUUUGUCACGAGACUCGGUGACAGUAUCAGUUGAUGCUGCUGUUUUCUAUCGUGUGAAAAGUCCAUCACAGGCAACAAACAAUGUUCAAGAUUACAGAAUCACUGUGGAUGAUGCAAAUCCUUCGCUCCUGUGUAAGGUGUUGAGCAAAAGUUGGGUGUUAGGUGCUGACUCGGGAUUCGGUGACUGUGACUGUGGAUGCCGUGGUCUACUACAGAGUGCAGAGCCCUCUGAAAGCAACAAUCUGUGUGAACAACUACAGAUUUCUUUAGAAAAAUCUCAUAAUUUCAGCCACUCAACCCGUCUUCUGGCUGCUACAACUCUAAGAAAUGUUCUGGGCACACGUAAUCUAUCAGAAAUUCUCUCGGAGAGAGAAGCCAUUGCUCACACUAUGCAGUCGUCAUUGGAUGAGGCAACAGAUCCUUGGGGUGUUAAAGUUGAGAGAGUGGAAAUAAAAGAUGUGCGUCUACCGGUUCAGUUACAACGUGCGAUGGCAGCUGAAGCAGAAGCUGCUAGAGAAGCUCGUGCCAAAGUAAUUGCAGCUGAAGGAGAAAUGAAAGCUUCGAGAGCUCUAAAAGAAGCUUCAGAUGUUUUGACUGACAGCCCUGCUGCAUUACAGCUUCGUUACCUGCAAACAUUGAAUACAAUAUCGGCUGAAAAGAAUUCAACAAUUGUAUUCCCUUUGCCAAUGGAUAUUAUUACUCCUUUUCUGGGAAUAAAGAAGUAAAGAAGAAAAGACAUUUCUUCUUAAAGUUGCAGUUAUAAACGUUAUAUCAGUCUUGAUUGAUGAAGUUGAAGUAUUUUUUUUCUUUUAUGUUUCUUCAACAAAUCAUUUUUUUAAUGCAUCAUUUUUCAGAUUAAGUAUUUGUAAUAUUUCUAACAUGUUAACAUUCAAGUUUAUGCAGCUAAGAGCGGAGGAUGAUAGGCAUUAAUGUUUGUAAUGAGGGCCGGAUUUACCUACAACCAGUGGCUUGGGGGCCUCCAACCUGUUUACUCCAUUACUUCUGUGCCUGUAAAAUAAUUGUUGCUCAAAUAGUCUAUUGUACUACAAAAUUCGUGUUUAAACAUUUAGUUAUUUUUUAAAAUAUUUAAUGCAUGUUAAAAUAGUCUAAUAUUUCCUAUGUUAUUUUCAACUGAAUGUGUACAUUUUAAACAAAAACCUCCAAAUGUACCAUGCUCAAAUAGACAGUGAUGGGCAAAUGUUAGUGAAGGUACAUGGAGAAAAAAAGAAAAAUUCUAUGUAAGUAAUUAGCACAAAAUUAAAAUAUUAAUCUAUUUGCUAAAACUAGGAGUUUUUGUUUUAUAGCAGGGGAGGAAAGAAUUUUGUACUUCGAGCCUCCUAAAUCCGGCCCUGUUUGUAAUGCUGUCAAACACUAGUCAUUUGAUAUUACAAACUGCUUAGACUUUUGUUGCAGUUUGUCUUUCAUAAUAAUUUAAUUUCAUAAAUUUUUUUGUAUGAAACUUUAUUGACUACCUUCUCAAGAAUAUUUUAAGUGACUUUGUUUAAAUUAGAACUCAGAAAGCACAUUAUAAAGAACCAAAUAUGUGCCAGAGAUUGCAUUUUCUUGUAAAGUAUUGUCAAGAGACGGUUUUCUGUGCUUUCAAACAUUCUGCACUUUUCAGUAAUAGACUAUUUGGUCUGAAACAUUCUCUGAAAUGAUUUACUAGAAACGUACAUUAACUACAGUAGAUAUUUUUAAAAUAUAAAGGAAGUUUAAACAUAAAAGAAUGCAUGGCUCGUCCAUACUUGAACAGAAAGUUGUAUGAAAAAUUAUUGAUAAAAAUAUAUUGUAGAAAAAUGUUGUUCAGUCUCAAAAUUAGGUUCAAUUAUGGUCUGUCAGAUAAUUCAAUUAGCAUCAAUUCAUGUUAUCAUGAAAAGGUAGUAUAUUCAUUCAUGGCUUUUCACCAUUACAGAGGUCUUGAUAUUUUCAAAAUCAUUGUUUUUCUAGCGUUAUCACAGAAUAUUAUAGAAGGAUCUGGCUAAAAAACAGCUACUUGAUUCUUGUUGAAAUGAACCAAAUGAACUGUUGAUCACAUUAAGGUGCCAUAAAACCUCUGAAAAGUGCUUGAUACUCACUCCCACACCAAGCACAUUUUUGCAAAAAUUCACUUCACGUUAUUAAGAAUCUGAAGAAAAAAGAUCAGUUAUCCACCAGUUGACCAAUAUGCCUCAGAAGACCUCUUGCUUGCCCUGGUGGACCAAAAGAUUCUUAACCAUGAGUUUGUAGGAUUUUUGUGACUGAUUUAGCUUAUAAUUAAUUUGCAACGUUAUUUUUAGUAUUUAACAUGUAUUGCAUUGUAAAUAUUAUUAUAGAUGUGACAUAGAAUGAAUUAAAGAAGGCCAAAAUCUGUGUAUCCCUUCUAUAAUAAUUUGAGUUCCUUUUGGUACUUCAGAGGGAGGCCAGUUAAGAAUAACAUUGUAAUGAGUCAAAGAUACAAAUAUUUCUCAGAGAAGGAAAAAAUUUACAUAUUAAAGAGAUGUUCAAAUUGAAGGGUUCUACUGUGAUUUACCUCUGUACCUGUGGAAUGACUUAACUUGCCAUAUUAUUGAAACUAAAUACAGUUGACUCCUGACUGGUUGUAGUGAACUUCAGGGGACUAACAUUUUCGGUUCUCUAUAUCCGAGGAUAUCAAAAUUCAACUGAACUUCUUGCUAACAAUUGAUAUUAUUUAUAUAGUGAUAUAGCAAAAUACAUGAACAGCAUGAACUGAGAAUUUCAAUAUCUUUAUUUGUCCUUAAAAAAUAAAUUUUGUUUCAAUUGUUGGCUUUGUGUACUUUUUCAUUAGUAAUUUCUCUAGAUCCUUCUCCACAGUUCGUGCUCUCUCCGUAAUUGGUUCUGUAUGGUCUUCUGUGUCAAAGUAUUGCAGUCUUGACACCCAAUCCCUCUUGCACUUUUUUGUGGCACGGAGGCAAUAUAUUAUUUUCCAAGUGGGAAUUAAUUUCCAGGACAUUUUUAUUUCCUUCGUUGCCAAUAGCUGAGGUUCAGGUUCACUAUAACCCAAGUUGUCUUGAGUUUAUUUGUAAAGUGUGUGAAAUGCGACCAGUAGCUUAAGUUCACUAUAACCAAGGGUUCACUAUUACCCGAGUCGAUUGCAGAUUCUGAUUCUAAAUAAAUUAAAAAUCAAGAGAGAUGAUUACUUAUUAUUUUUCAUAUACUAUAUUACUUUUGUAUAGUCAUUAAUUAUGGCAGUUUCUAAUGUUUGCUUGUAAUAAUUUGUUACAAACCAACCUUAUUUUCUAUUAAAGAUGAUUAGGUGUAAAGUGUAGAAUAUGUUGAGUGUUUGAAAGCAAUGUAAUUCAAAAAUGUAUACAUAGAAUGUUUUUGUGAAACUUAAUUUUUGGUGGGGUUAGCCUAACAUCCUCCAAUCUAGUGUUAAUUCUGAAGGAUUAUUAUUGUAAUAGGAGUUUUCUGAUUGAGAUUCUUUUGCUUUCUAUUCAGUCUAUGAGAAUCUUGGAGAGUUAAGAAUGCUUGUGUUUUGAGUUAAAAUCUGAUUCUCAGCAGUUUUUUAAAUGUAUAAAUUGUCUCAUUCUACCUUUAUUCAGGUCAUGUGCAAACUAACACUUUUUGUUUGAAUGAAUGAGUAACUAUUUCUAUGAUUUAUACUUUUUAAAUGUUUUCAACUUUAUAUGAAAAUAUCUAGUACAAAUGUACCAAAUUGAUUAAUUUUUGCUGCCAUGCACAAAUGUGUUUUACAACAAGUUAUGGCUGCAUUUAUGUACUGCAUUUAUUGAGCGUGAUGUAAUACUUUAGAUCUAAUGUACAUGGACAGUGUUUAUUGCAAAGAUUAAAUUCAAAUUACUUUAAUGAUCUGAUGAGAGUAAUAAAAGGCUUUUACUGUAAGUGCAUUCUGUUGGCGUUAAUUUUGCCACUGAAUUGGAAUGAUUUGUAUGUUAUCUUUCUCAUUUUGAAGAAUGGAGUUAUGAAUCUCAAUGUUAAAUAAGAAUCCUUGUUGGGUAUUCUUAGAAUACCAUUUGUCAAUAUUAUUUUUUAUGAUGUUGGUAAAUGCCUUUGUGUUAGUAAAUAAUUUUUAUAAGAUUUUUGCUUUUAUUAUAAUUAUUGUUAAAUAUAUUGAUAAAAUUAAGAUGCACAUUUAAGAAAUGAGUUUUCUUAUUGCAACAUCACAAGUUUCAUAUGAGUGCCAGUUUUUAGAGCAGCUGCAAUUGCAACCAAUUGUUCCUACAUAAAAUAUAUCUCAUUAAUGUAAACUAACAUCACUGUGUGUGAAAUUCCAUGUUUAAACAAAAGUUUUAUGUUUCAUUUUGAUGUUCCCUGUUAUGUGCACACAUUGAUGUGAAUGGUUUGACAGCAAAAAGCCAGAAUUUAAAAUGAAAGGGGAGUUAAGUACUUCAUGAAAUAAUUAGAAUGUUAUGUAUUAUAAAGUUUGUGUAACAAAAAUAAAUUUUUUGUCUGGAUGCAGAGAUAAAUAAAGUGUGUUCUUCUUCUUUUUUGU